GGCUGAAUGGAGCACAAAGGGAUUCACUGACCUGUUUGGGUGGAAGAGCGAGGCACGUCUAAGGACGAACGGCUCGCGUCUCGCACUGAAGGACUACAAACAAAAGGAAUUACCAUGUGAGAUGACUGCUGAUCUUGUCCAGGUCGUCCUCCGAGCAGCUGUGGAGAUCAUGUUUGGAGAGGUGUCAUCAAGCUUGCCACUGGAUAUCCUGAAGUUUGAUGCCAAGAGUGGUCAAGUAAUCAUUAGAGUUCCAAGCAAAAAUUAUGCUAAAGUUCGAGCAGCACUAACAGUUUGUCCAGCCAUGAGGGUUGCUGGUGUGGAUGUGCCAGUAAUGUACAGUGUGAGGCAAGCAUCAGCCUGCCUCCUGUCUCUUGCAGGACCAGAAAGAUCAAUUACUUGAUGAAUUUAUACAAAUGUGUACAAAUGUCCUUACCAUUUUGACUUUUGGAAUGGCAAGUAACUUUUCUUAAGAAGUUGACAAUGCUGUAAAACAUAUCUAAAAUGAAGUUUCUAGAAUAUUACACUACAUUGCUGACUUUUGUUGAAGGUGGCUGGAUGUUCCCCAGAGGAAUAAAAAGUUAUCUACUGGGUA